AUGAGUUUUUCUGCUAUAAUAUGGAAGGAAUAUAGCAAAGGAGAUUCAAGGUAUAUAGGAAGGGAUGCAGGAGUAGUAACGGUUGAAGGACUAAUAGCAGUUUUGGAGGGUUCAACUAGUUUUCUGGCUGUAUACGCAAUAACUACCGGUAAAUCAUACAGCUACAUACUUCAAUUUGCGAUUUCUUUGGGUCAGCUAUAUGGAACUGCUGUAUAUUACAUAACAACAAUUUUGGAAGGCGAUAAUUUUUCUACAAAUUCAUUUUACUACUAUGCAUACUACAUUGGAGCAAAUUUCUCUUGGAUUAUAAUACCCUCGAUCAUUUCCAUCCGCUGCUGGAGGAAGAUUUCUGUUGCGUUUCAAGUUCAAAGCCAGACAAAAAAGCAUAAAAGUCGUUGA